AUUCUGAUGUAGCGAUGGUGAAGAAAGUCUGCAGUGAGUGUCAGUAAUUUAGAGACUGGAGAGAAGAAAAAUUUACAGGACCGGAAAAGGACUAGAGAGUGGAAAGAGAAACCAAAGAGCGGCGGAAACUGGAAAGGAGAGAGAAGAGAGACCACACUCUAAUCUAAUGAGCGUGCGACUGAGAGAAAGCUGUUUUAGGGAUUUGGUAGUAAUUUGUGGGAACGUCGUUUCAAUGUCUUAAUCGCAACAACAACAACUCUGAAAAGUGUUUCCAAGAAAAACAGCGGUUUUUCUGUCUCUCAGGACAAAAGCACAACCGGUUUUGUAACCGAAACUAGAUAGAUUAAACCUCACCCACUCUACUACUAAUUACCAAUUCAAUGCUUACAUAACCGUCGCCCUGCUUUUUUUUUUCUUCCUUAUUUUCUUUGGCCAUUUAAUUGGCUCCCUUUACUGCUUCAACACUUCUCCUUCAUCUUAUUUAAUCGCCUCUGUUUUUCACACUCUACUGGGAUUCCGUUCUUUGCUCUGUCAUGGCUCAUGUUGAGACUAAUUUCGGGUCUGAUUCGCUUUCUCGUGAUGAAAGAGGAGGAGAUGAUCUAUAUACGGAACUAUGGAAGGCAUGUGCAGGUCCAUUGGUGGAUGUCCCAGUGCCUGGAGAAAGAGUUUUCUAUUUCCCACAGGGUCACAUGGAACAACUGGAAGCAUCAACAAAUCAGGAACUGACUCAACAAAUCCCGCGGUUUAAUCUUCCUUCCAAGAUCCUUUGCCGAGUUGUUAACAUUCAACUACUGGCAGAACAAGAGACAGAUGAGGUUUAUGCUCAGAUCACCUUGCACCCAGAACCAAAUCAAGAGGAGCCUACAAGUCCUGACUCGCGCCUUCCUGAACCAAAAAAGCCAACUGUUCAUUCAUUUUGCAAAAUUCUAACAGCUUCUGAUACUAGCACCCAUGGAGGGUUUUCUGUUCUUAGAAAGCACGCUACUGAUUGCUUGCCUCCAUUGGACAUGAACCAAGCAACCCCAACUCAGGAACUGGCUGCUAAAGAUCUUCAUGGCUAUGAGUGGCGAUUUAAACACAUAUUUAGAGGUCAACCAAGGAGACAUUUGCUUACAACUGGGUGGAGUACAUUUGUUACUUCUAAGAGACUGGUUGCAGGAGAUGCUUUUGUUUUUCUGAGAGGUGAUAAUGGGGAAUUGCGAGUUGGCGUUCGGCGUCUUGCUCGUCAGCAAAGCCUCAUGCCUUCAUCUGUGAUAUCCAGGCAGAGCAUGCAUUUAGGAGUGCUUGCUACUGCUUCUCAUGCUGUUACAACACAGACCCUCUUUGUCGUGUACUACAAGCCUAGGACGAGCCAAUUUAUAAUUGGCUUGAAUAAAUAUUUGGAGGCUGUCAACCAUGGAUUUUCUGUUGGCAUGCGGUACAAGAUGAGAUUUGAGGGAGAAGACUCUCCUGAGAGGAGUUUCACAGGAACUAUAGUCGGAGUUGGAGAUGUUUCUGCACAGUGGUCAGGCUCUAAAUGGAGGUCAUUGAAGAUACAAUGGGAUGAACCAGCAACAAUUCAAAGGCCAGAGAGAGUUUCUCCGUGGGAUAUAGAGCCUUUUGCAGCUUCUGCUUCUAUAAAUCUUCCCCCAACAGUGUUAAAGAGUAAAAGGCCCAGGCCUUUGGAUACUCCAGUGUCAGGUAUAUGUUUAGGAACUAUAAUUGCGUUAUAUUUCAAUGAAGUUCUGCUGGUAUAUCUAUUGAAAAAAUUACACAUUAAUUGGAAUGUAGAAAUUACUACCAAUUCAACUACUUCGCCUUUCUGGUACCGUGGAUCAGCCCAAUCCCAUGAUUUAAGUCAACUAGGUAGUGCUGCUGAAGCUCAAAGUUGUGAAAAAAGCCAAGUAGUUUGGUCUGUGAGGCAGAAGGAAAUUGAUAGCAGUGUUGUCAAUGGUAGCAUCUUCUGUAACUCGAGGGUCCGAACAGAGGGCAUAUGGCCACCUUCUCCUCACAUGAAUGUUUCUCUCAGUCUUUUCUUUGAUUCAGCUGAUAACAGCCGAACCAUAACACAGUCUGUCGCCUCUGGUUAUGUGUCUCCUGUUCCAUUAAGGCAAACUGAUGUCCUGAUGCAUGACCAGGUGGAGAAAGGGAAAAAAUAUGAAAAUUCUAUAGGCUGCCGUUUGUUUGGAAUUGAUUUAACAAGCAAUUCUAAUGCUGCUCCUCCUCUAGAGGAGGCUUUGUGUACAACUGUUGACCCCAAUGGCACCGGAGGACCUCUUGCAGCCCCAGGUGAUUCUGAUAAGGCUCAAAAUAUGGAUGCUUCCAAGUCCUCAGAAGAACAGAAGCAAAUUGCAUCAGAUGCAUUGCCAAAGGAGACACAUGGCAAGCUGGGUCCCACUUCUUCCACAAGGUCUCGUACCAAGGUGCAAAUGCAAGGAGUUGCAGUUGGUCGUGCUGUUGAUCUAACAGUGUUGAAAGGGUAUGGAGAUCUUAUAAAAGCACUGGAGGAAAUGUUUGAGAUCAAAGGAGAGCUUUCCACGCCCGACAAAUGGGCUGUUGUAUUUACUGAUGAUGAGGGCGAUAUGAUGCUCGUGGGCGAUGAUCCGUGGCCGGAAUUCUGUAAGAUGGUUAAGAAGAUACUAAUAUAUUCAAGUGAGGAAGUGAAGAAGAUGAGCACAAGAUCCAAGUUGCACGCGUCCUCUUUAGAGGAUGAAGGGACAAUUGCAAGCUUGGACUCUGAACAUAAGUCUGAGACCUGAAAAAUUUGGAACCCUUUUUGAUUUGUAUGGUUUUUGAAUUUAUUUUUGUUCAGUUUGGGAUGGUGGAAGGAAGGUCCCGUUGGUGGGGUUUAGAUUUGCUCUUUUUUUGGUUGAGCUUGCGCUAGGACGGUAGUAGCCGAGUGAAGAAAAAGCACGUUGGGUAUUUGAUUAAAGGGUUUAGUGAAGACUUAGUGAAAAAAAAAAAAGAAGAAAAAAAAGGAAGGCGAAGACUGGAGGACUUAGAGAGUGAGGGUUAGAAAUGGAAUUUGUGUAUACUUUGUGGGGUUGGUAUGGACUUUAAAUUAAUCAGCCUGUAAAAAUAUAGAUAUGUAUGCUUGUAUUUUGGUGGCAGUUAGUUCUUGGUUUCUUGUUAA